AUGUUUGAUCUUGUGCUGCGCAAUCGCGCCCCACCCACAUCCACCAUCCACCUCGUUCUCCGUCUCCGUGGUGGCAUACAGAUCUUCGUCAAGACCCUCACGUUGGAGGUGGAAUCAUCGGACACCAUCGACAACGUGAAGGCAAAGAUCCAGGACAAGGAAGGCAUUCCUCCUGACCAGCGCCUCAUCUUCGCUGGAACGUUGCAAGACAGCCGUACUCUUAGCGACUACAACAUCCAGAAGGACUUGGAGGAGUCUACCCUGAUCUUGCGUCUCCGCGGAGGCAUGCAGAUUUUUGUCGAUGCCCUUGUCCUCCUCCCCCAGGUGCUCAGCCUUACCAUUUGCCCCACCCCAGGUACUCAGCCUUACCCGCCCUCUGGCCCUCAACCUUACCCGCCCUCGUCCCCCUCGUUGCUCAGCAUUAACCUCUUCCCCCGGCGCUUGCUGCGCUAUGCCAGAUGUCAUUGA